GGGAUCUGCCGUGCUGCAUGUUCCUGGAAAGCAGCUUGGGGCAUCACAGACAUUCACAGGAUGCCUUAUUUUACCAGACUCAUUUUAUUCUCGUUUUGCCUGCUGGUUCUUGUGGAGAGCCGAAAGCCCAAGAAGAGGAGAUGGACAGGGCAGCUGGAAACAUCCAAGCCAAGUCACCUAUACAAGAAGAACCUCGAUAUGACCAAGAUCCGAAAUGGAAAACCCCAGCCACUUCUCAGAGUGGAUGACCACGACUUCACCAUGAGGCCCGCCUUUGGAGGCCCUGCCAUCCCAGUGGGUGUGGACGUGCAGGUAGAGAGCCUGGACAGCAUCUCAGAGGUGGACAUGGACUUCACCAUGACCCUGUACCUGCGGCACUACUGGAAGGAUGAGCGGCUGUCCUUCCCCAGCACCAGCAACAAGAGCAUGACCUUUGAUGGCCGGCUGGUGAAGAAGAUCUGGGUCCCCGAUGUCUUCUUUGUUCACUCCAAGAGAUCCUUUAUCCAUGACACCACCACAGACAACAUCAUGCUGAGGGUGUUCCCGGAUGGGCAGGUGCUGUACAGCAUGAGGAUUACAGUCACUGCCAUGUGCAACAUGGAUUUCAGCCACUUUCCCCUGGACUCCCAGACCUGUUCGUUGGAGCUAGAAAGCUAUGCAUAUACAGAUGAAGACCUGAUGCUGUAUUGGAAGAACGGGGACGAAUCCCUGAAGACAGAUGAGGAGAUCUCCCUGUCUCAGUUUCUGAUUCAGAAAUUCCACACCACUUCCAGGCUGGCCUUCUACAGCAGCACUGGCUGGUACAACCGUCUGUACAUCAACUUCACGUUGCGUCGCCACAUCUUCUUCUUCUUGCUCCAAACCUACUUUCCUGCCACCCUGAUGGUCAUGCUGUCCUGGGUGUCCUUCUGGAUCGACCGCAGAGCUGUGCCUGCCAGAGUCUCGCUGGGGAUCACCACGGUGCUGACCAUGUCCACCAUCAUCACGGGCGUGAACGCCUCCAUGCCCCGCGUGUCCUACAUCAAGGCCGUGGACAUCUACCUCUGGGUCAGCUUCGUGUUCGUGUUCCUCUCGGUGCUGGAGUACGCGGCCGUCAACUACCUGACCACCGUGCAGGAGCGGAAGGAGCGGAAGUCCCAGGAGAAGUUCUCAUGCAUGUGUGGAAUGCUUCCCUCAAGAACCAUGAUGCUGGAUGGAAGCUACAGUGAGUCUGAGGCCAACAGCCUGGCCGGGUACCCAAGAAGCCAUAUUCUCACAGAAGAAGAAAGACAAGACAAGAUCGUGGUCCACUUGGCCCUGAGCAAUGAGUCCAAUUCCUCCAGGAAGAAGGGGCUGCUGAAGGGCCAGAUGGGUCGUCGCAUCUUCCAGAACACCCAUGCCAUCGACAAAUACUCCCGCUUGAUAUUCCCGGCCUCCUACAUAUUUUUCAACUUAAUCUAUUGGUCAGUGUUUGCCUAGGGGUUCAGGGGCUGUGUCUGGGGAAGGGCGUAGACAUCUAUGGGGUCUGGCUGGCCGCCCACACAUGGACCUGCUGACCGUGUCCCCUCACAGACAGAGCAGCAGCUCCUGGACCACCUCGGGCAGCAUCCCCACUCCAGGAGGAGCCCAGGAGCCCUCCAGCUGCCCUUUCCCAGACCCCACGGGCUUGCUUGUCCUUCACGCUGCGUUGUGUCCCACUUCCUGCCUCUCUGGGACUAUCUAUCUCCUUCUGUUCUUGUGUGUGAGCAGGCUCAUGAGAGCCUCCCUCCAAUUAAAAA